UUUAUAGACGAUUGAAAUAUUUAGGCUAAUUCAUAGGCUACUGAAGAAUAUUUCAACAAACUUUUAGUAUGCAAAAACAGGUCUUGUAUAACUUGUGUUGCUGGCAUUCGUGGACAUGGGGUCGUCUUCUGCCAGCAAUUCAAUCGAAAGUGGGAUGGUCCAGAUGUUGAGAAGCCUUGAUUCCAGAUGGUGGUUGUGCAUGAUUAAUAAAUAAAUAGAAAACAUUCCGUAAUGUAUGGUAAACUACACCAUGUCUCUAAUUUGUCAGGUUAAGUUAUUAAACAUGAUGCAUUGUUUGUACUGGCUUACAAUAUAAUCGAAGUUUACAAUUACAAUUAUUUGAUGUGUUUAUUGUAUGCAAACCUUAUCAUGUUUAUUUCUCGUAAAUUGCAGCACUUAUUGUUAUUGCAUAGCCUACUCAGAAAGUGUAAACAGCUUUGAGGUCAUGAUUUGUUUUGCUGAAUUUGUUCAGUUUGGUAGAAUAAUGUAAAAUGAUUACUUUUAUAGCCUACAUCUACUUCCACAAACCUAAACAUAUUCUAUUCUACCACCAUUAAAUGUACUGUAUCUGUUUUGUGACAUGUUUCCUGUGGUCAGGGCAGAUAUGUGACUCUAGUACUGUGAGGGGACACCAUUCAAGAACAUGAAGUUUGGAAUGGUGAACGCCUCUUGCAGUGAGCGUUGGGGAAUCAAUCUAGGACGUCUGGAGCAUCACAGUAUCUCAGCAGUGCAAACGGCAAACAUCUCUUGCCUUGGAGAGAGAGCUGAGGCCAUUUAGUGGAAUCAUCAGGCUUUGUCCAUGAAUUGAUUGCCAGGCAUCUGUCUGAGAAGUCAAUGGGGAGGAAAGUUUGACUAUUGCUAUUGACUAACACUGCUCGUGAUACUUUGAAGAUCUUGCAUUUCAUGUCUCCUAGAAGGAGGUUUGAGUGUUUCUUCAGAAUUGUGUCUGUUCCUAGUGGUUCAGUGGUGCCUUAUUUAAAAAGGCAUCACUGACGGUUAUAUUACUUUACAUUUUGCAUCAUCAUCUCUGCCAUUGGAAGAAACCCAAUGUCUGCCUGCAGCAGCUCAACUCCUCCGUCCUUUCCUAAAGCCUACCUCCACUCACAACUCCCAGCUGUGCCUCUGACCCCCUCACCAUCGCCGAGCCCCCCGGCACCCCUUUACAGCCGCCUGUCCAACGGGAGUCACGGGAGUCACAGUCACUCUCACAGCGCUCCCAGCCCCACCAACUCCCGCAGCUCCUUCCAUGGAGUGUCCUUCCUCCUCCAGAUCGGCCUGACCAGAGAGACGGUGAACCUGGAGAACCAUGACCUGUCGCUGUCUGCUGUCAAAGACCUGGUCUGCUCUAUAGUCGACCAAAAGUUCCCAGAGUGCGGCUUCUUUGGCAUGUAUGACAAAAUCCUGCUCUUCCGCCAUGACUUGAACUCUGAGAACAUCCUCCAGAGGCUGACGUCAGCAGAGGAUAUCCACGAGGGAGAUCUCAUAGAGGUGGUGCUCUCUGCUUUAGCCACAGUAGAGGACUUCCAGAUCCGGCCCCAUGCUCUAUAUGUUCACUCCUACAAAGCGCCCACCUUCUGUGACUACUGUGGGGAGAUGCUAUGGGGCCUCGUUCGCCAGGGGCUCAAAUGUGAAGGAUGUGGGCUGAACUACCACAAGCGCUGUGUCUUCAAGAUCCCCAACAACUGCAGUGGGGUGAGGAAGAGACGUCUGUCCAACGUGUCCCCGCCGGGCCCCUCGCUCUCAGUCCCCCGGCCCCUCCCUGGUCCCACCGAACAUGCUGUGGUCGUCCUGGAGGAGCAGCGCUCCCACCAGGAGGCAGGGAAGAGGAUCCUGUCGUGGAGUGGCCGGCCCAUCUGGAUGGAGAAGAUGGUGCUGGGGCGAGUCAAGGUGCCUCACACCUUCGCCAUCCACACCUACACCCGGCCAACCAUCUGCCAGUACUGCAAACGGCUGCUCAAGGGCCUGUUCCGCCAGGGCAUGCAGUGCAAAGAUUGUAAAUUCAAUUGCCAUAAGCGGUGUGCAUCAAAGGUACCAAGAGACUGCUUGGGCGAGGUUUCCUUCAAUGGAGAGCCUGCCAGCCCAGGACCUGACUCUGACAGCACCAUGGAGGUGGACAGUAGUGAUGUAGAGAGCACUAGAGGACUACUGGAUGACUCUGAGGAACCUUCAACCCCAGAUGACAAGAUGUUCUACAUGGACUCUCCUUUCCUGGACCGCGAGAAGGACGAGGAGCCCAUCAAGACCAUCAGCCCAUCCACCAGCAGUAACAUCCCUCUGAUGCGGGUGGUCCAGUCCAUCAAACAGACCAAGAGGAGGAGCUCCACCAUGGUGAGGGAGGGCUGGAUGGUCCACUACACCAGCAGAGACAACCUGAGGAAGAGACACUACUGGAGGCUGGACACCAAGAGCCUCAGCCUGUUCCAGAACGACACUGGAGCCAAGUUCUAUAAGGAGAUCCCUCUCUCAGAGAUCCUGCAGGUGGAACAGUCGAGGGACCUCAGCAGCCUAGCCCAGGGCAGCAACCCACACUGCUUUGAGAUCAUCACCUCCACCAUGGUCUACUACGUUGGGGAGAAUAAUGGGGGCCAAUACCACAGCCCUGCGCUGGCAGCCUCGGGCGUGGGCAUGGAGGUGGCCCAGGGCUGGGAGAAGGCCAUCCGUCAGGCUCUGAUGCCUGCAACACCCCAGCCCAGUGUGGCCACCGCAGCCGGGCAGGGGAAGGACCACAAACAAGAGUUGUCUAUCAGCAUAUCUGUGUCCAACUGCCAGAUACAGGAGAAUGUGGAUAUCAGCUCUGUAUACCAGAUCUUCUCUGAUGAGGUGCUAGGAUCUGGACAGUUUGGGAUUGUGUAUGGAGGGAAACACAGAAAGACUGGAAGAGAUGUGGCCAUCAAGGUGAUUGACAAGAUGAGGUUUCCUACCAAGCAGGAGAGCCAACUGAGGAAUGAAGUGGCCAUUCUCCAGAACCUUCACCAUCCUGGCAUCGUCAACCUGGAGUGUAUGUUCGAGACGCCUGAGAGGGUGUUUGUUGUCAUGGAGAAGCUCCAUGGAGACAUGCUGGAGAUGAUCCUGUCCAGUGAGAAGAGCAAGCUCCCAGAACGGAUCACCAAGUUCCUGGUCACACAGAUCCUGGUGGCUUUGAGACAUCUGCAUUUCAAGAACAUCGUCCACUGUGACCUGAAGCCUGAGAACGUGCUGCUGGCCUUAGCAGAGCCCUUCCCACAGGUUAAACUGUGUGACUUUGGCUUUGCCCGUAUCAUCGGUGAGAAGUCGUUCAGGCGUUCGGUGGUGGGUACCCCAGCCUACCUGGCCCCAGAGGUGCUGCGUAGUAAGGGCUACAACCGCUCCCUGGACAUGUGGUCUGUGGGGGUCAUCGUUUACGUCAGCCUCAGCGGGACAUUCCCCUUCAACGAGGACGAGGACAUUAACGACCAGAUCCAGAACGCUGCCUUCAUGUACCCACCCCAGCCAUGGAAGGAGAUCUCUGCAGAAGCUACAGAUCUCAUUAACAACCUCCUACAAGUGAAGAUGAGGAAGCGGUACAGUGUGGACAAGUCCCUCAGCCAUCCUUGGCUACAGGACUACCAGACGUGGCUGGACCUCAGGGAGUUUGAGACACGACGUGGCGAGCGUUAUAUCACCCACGAGAGUGACGACGUGCGCUGGGAGGAGCAUGCAGAUGAGCACAGCCUGGUCCACCCUAAACACUUCAUCAUGGCGCCCAACCUGGACGAUAUGGAGGAGGGCCCCUAGUGGCCAGGAGGCCACUUUACAGGUUACAGGUGUGGCCAAGAGGAAAACGUCAGGAACCUCUGCAGGUUAUUGACCUUUGGAAGCAUUCCCUCUAAAACUGGUUGGGAAAAGGUCAGACACCCCUGUGCAGGGACUGUGUGACAGGGGAUUCUGACCCAAGACUUGGUGGUUAGACUUACUGCCACAGGGCGCAGACAGGUGGCGUGGUGGAGGCCCCUGUUUCUUUAUGACACAGCAGUUUAACCAAAAACAUUGGGAGAAAGACAUUUAUUGUUUUUUUUCUUCUUUUUUCUUAUCUUGUAGAAUCAUUCCAGCUCAACUUCAUUGGUCCUUUAGGGAAAUACAUCAUUAUUACAAACCAAAGGACAAUUAAAGUUGAAGGGAUAGAAUUUCCUCAACAUUAGGUGUGAGUAAUGGUAUGCCAUUCUACCUGUGAAGGACUUAUAGAGUAGAGUGAGCUUAAAGGGCACUUUUCACAAGGGAUUUGGAUCCACAGAAAGAUUGGAAUGCGUAGGUAUUUGCAAACACAACUUUGUGCUUAUUCCAAGACUGUUUUGAAACCAUGUCCUUUGACGGUAUGAAACUGGAACUAUCAUUAGUAUGUAGAUGUUGUACUUUACUAAUUUUUGCACUAUACUACCAUCAACCCUAUCAAUUUGAAGGUGAAAAGUUAAAGCUGCUACAUCAGGUUCCAUGGAGAAAACUACCGAAUGACAGAAAGUGUUGACUGCAUCACAGCUUAAAGUUUGUGGUAAGAGCUUGAUACAGUAAUGCCUAGGUGAGUAGCAUAGAGUUUGUGAAAAGGGCUGCAAUACAAAGCAAUUAGUAGAGCACCUGUCAUAUACAGUAAGCAAGUAAAUCAAAAGGCGGAGGGACCAAAGACUGCAUUCAGCUCAUUGAUAUUAUUAAUCUUCAAUUUUCCUAUCUUCUCAUGACCAAUACCUAAUUGGUUUUUCUAAUGGCUGUCUUAUCAUUGUGGCUCAUUCUACUUCUGCUUUCUACUAGAAAGUGGCUUGACUAUUGUACAUUCCAAGCAGGAUUUGAGCCAAACCUGGUGAUGGGACCACCACCCCUCAAGGUAUUACAGUAGCUAUCUAUGUGAAAGAGGCUUGGUUAUACCAACAACAUUCCAGGUCCCUGUAUCAGCCUACACCAGGUGAACAGGAGGGACUGGGAAAUUAUCUCACUACAGGAGCUUAUCAUGGGACCAAGCCUUCAUUACACGGGCUCCAUAUUGGCAUGAUGAAGGCUUAUACCAAGCAUGGGUUCAAGGUAUAUCUUUUCAUUUGAAUUUGUGAAGCAAACGGAGAGAUGAGAAACACAUUUUACUCUUUGGUGAGUGUCUGACAGUGUAUGGAAAGAAUAGCCUAUACUGAACAUCUUUUUACUGUGUUUUUCUACAAAAUGUUCAAGAUGUUUCCUUUCUUUACUUUUUCAUGGAGUUGAUCUUGAAUAGCACAGUUAAAGCACCCUUACUUCUGGAAAUGUAAAGUGCAGUGUGCUGUUCGUGUCUCAAUGAACAUUCCUGUACUGCUUUUGAGUACUGUAUGUGUCCUCCAAGGUUACCAAAGGGUGUUUCACCCAACAUUCGGUUAUGAUGACCAUUAACUACAUUUCAAUGCCUGUGCCCAUUUCAAACAGUCCCUAGACGAACAUUUGGCUAAAGCCUACGGUGUUGGAAUGGGCUUUUAACUGGGACCAUAGGUCCUGGUUCAGGCCCUAACAACGUUAUUUUGGGAGAAUGGAGGUCUGUUCCCAUUCUCCUGUUCGUGUUGCCGCUGGAUUGGCAGGUGUCAGUGUUUUGUAUAUUUUAGUACAUACAAAUUUAAUAAAAACUCUACUUCUUUA